CUGCUCCUCCCGGGGCCUCCGAUGCCGCCGCCUCCCGCCCGCUGCUGAGCCGUGACGGGCGGGGGCCCUCGGGACCCCGCCGGGGACAUGGGCAACGGGAUGUGCUCCCGGAAACAGAAGCGGAUUUUCCAGACGCUGCUGCUGCUGACCGUGGUGUUCGGGUUCCUGUACGGGGCGAUGCUCUACUACGAGCUGCAGGGCCAGCUGAGGAAGGCUGAGGCCACGGCGCUCAAGUACCAGCAGCAUCAGGAGUCGCUCUCGGCUCAGUUACAAGUUGUGUAUGAGCACCGGUCAAGAUUAGAAAAGUCACUGCAAAAGGAAAGGCUGGAACAUAAGAAGGCAAAGGAAGAUUUUCUUGUUUAUAAACUAGAAGCACAGGAAACACUAAAUAAAGGAAGGCAAGACUCCAACAGCAGAUACAGUGCCCUGAGUGUGCAGCACCAGAUGCUGAAGAGUCAACACGAAGAGCUGAAGAAACAGCACGCUGACCUUGAGGAAGAUCACCGAAAGCAGGGAGAGGAGUUCAGCAGGACAUUCAGUGAUCACAAGGAGAGAUACCUACAGCUGCAGCAGGAGAAGGAGCAGGAGAUCUCCAAGCUGAAGGAAACCCUGUAUAACUUACGGGAGGAGAAUAGGCAGCUGAGAAAAGCUCACCAAGACAUUCACACCCAGCUGCAGGAUGUCAAGCAACAGCAUAAGAACUUACUGUCCCAGCACAACGAGCUUGUGGUGACAUUGGAAGACCACAAGAGUGCACUAGCUGCUGCUCAGACCCAGGUGGAGGAGUACAAACAGCUGAAGGACACGCUGAAAAAAAUCCCAAGUUUCCAAGACGUGGAGAAGGAGGAAGGAGGAGGGAAGGAGCAGCAGCCCGAGGCGCGGGGCCCGUCCCCCCAGAGCCGCCCCCCAGAGCCCCCCGCAGCUGGGCCUGAGCAGCAGCAGCAGAAUGAGAAGCCAAGGGAGGGAGAGGAAACAAAGAGCCAGGAGCAGGACAGGGCUGAGCCUUUCCACGUGCAGGGGAGGGCUCACCAGAAUGCCAGGGAGCUGAACAUCCAGGAGCAGCAGGAGGCUGGGGAGGAUGAGCAGCAACGGGCAGAGCAGAUGGAAGAGGAACGCAAAAAGGAGCUUGAGGAGGAAGAAAUGGAGCAGGCAGGGCAGCCUGAGCACCUGGAGGAGGAGCAGGACCAAGCCCCAGAAGAGCACGAAUGGAAAAAGCAGGAACAAAAGGAAGAGGAAACCAACAUGUUGGGUGAUGGCCUGCACUCAGAGGUGACACCAACCAAGAGGCAGAAAGCGGCCUACGAGCAGCAGCUGGAGCAGCAGCACCUCGGAGCGCAGAGGGCAGAGGAGGCCGAGCAGCUGAGGCAGCAGCAGGAGGCCCUGCAGCAGCAGAGGCUCAGGGGGCAGCUCCUGAGGCAGCAGCAGCUCCAGGAGAGAGAGCUCCAGCUGCAGAGACAGGCAGAGCAAGGGGAGAAACUCUUCAAAAACCGCCUCAGCCAACAGGCUCAUUAUGAUAACAUGGACCAGGACAUUGUACAAGGGGAGGAAGAGCAAGGUAUUCAGGAAGAGGAAGGAGCUUAUGAACACGACAACCAGCACCAGGAUGAAGGUGAAGAUGAUGAUCAGAAUAAUGCAAAUGAACAGCAAGAAGCAGAACAUCAGGCAGAAAAUCAGCAGGCUGAUGAAUCAAAGGCAGCCAUGGAGGAUGUGAAUCCUGCUGAUGACCCCAAUAAUCAGGGAGAGGAUGAGUUUGAAGAAGCUGAGCAAGAGAGAGAAGAAAACCUGCCUGAGGAGAGUGAGAAGCACAAGGAAAUGGGUCAGAAACAAGGACAUCCAGGAAUGGAGGAGCACUUGGUGAUGGCAGGAAAUCCUGACCAGCAGGAGGAUAAUGUGGAUGAACAAUACCAGGAAGAGGGAGAAGAGGAGGUGCAGGAGGAUCUGACUGAAGAGAAGAAGCGAGAGCUGGAGCACAAUGCUGAGGAGCCCUAUGGGGAAAAUGAGGAAACUGCAGAUGAAAAGAAUAACAGAGGGACAGACCAAGAGCAAGAAAUGCAAGAAGACAACAACCAGAAAGCAAUUCAUGAAGAAAAUUAUGAGGAGGAAGAAGAGGAGGAGGAGGAGGAAGGCAGAGCUGUUGCAGCAAAAACUCGCAGACGAGGGGAGAUGUAGUUCCUCCCUUCAUUUUUCUUUUUCCAGUACACAAAUUCCUGUUGUGUUUUUGUUUUUUUUAACCAACUUUUUUUAGGGUAUUUAAUUUCAAAAAAAAAAGAAAAAAGAAAAGCUUGUGUUUUCCACUUUUUACUUUUCUAUUAGGUGCUGUCCUGUGUUU